CUUCUGCAAUCCGGUCUAAGCCUGGUCCAGUCGGUUUAUCCAAGUUCGAACCCGUCAUCUCCAGACGGAUAAGCUGACCGUUUUGACAGCGAUGGACUGCGCGUGCAAGUUCUCUGCGGCGGAAUGGACGAGAUAAGGAUGGGGCUAGAGCCUCAGGCGCUUCAGGCCUUCAGCAGAAGAAAACCUACAUGGUCCGGUCUCGAACCCAACGGCUGUGGAAGGCUGCUCCUUCCACAAUACAUAUACAUACGGGUAAUUAAGUAUGGAGUGAGCCGUGAAUAUGAAGGAAUCAAUCUUCCGAAGUGUUAAUUCAAUUUUGUGAAUUCAUGAACUUGAAGGUGGAAUUGUAGAGCUGCUAUAGAGAAUGGAGGUUAGAUUUGUUUUUUAACAGGCAUACGUAUUUGAACUUUUUGUAUCAGUAUUUCUAUUGGAUCGAAUAAACACUAAACAAUAAAGGGGAAUGGCGGAGAGCCGGAGACCGGUGAACGUUUCCCCAAAUUUGAUUACACUACGAGUUAAAAAGCCACCAUUUCCGAGUUCCGCUCUCUUCGUCAUCGUGUUCAUAUUCACCUUUUAGCAGUAUUAUUAGACUGACAUAAGUUACAUCCGUUUCUUACUACGGAUAAUUACUAUCUUCAAAUUUCUACGGUCUACGGAGUGUUUUUUAUAAGCUGCGGGAUAUGAAACGUGGCACGCCCUUGGCAGAAGCGUAUCAACGUGUCAACAAGGUUCAUAAGAGUUGCCAGCUGGGUGACAAAGCUUCCUAUAAAAGUAGCGGCGGCGGCGGUGGUUGAGGAAGUAGGAAUACGUUUGAAUCUGAACAGUAGAAAAUGGACGGAGUAUCUGCCUGUGCUGCAAUGGGGACUCAGGCGAGUUUGGCUUCUAGAUUGGUUCUAACCGCUUGCUCCAUUGUCUCUCUGCUCUUCAUCUGCUAUGCUUCUCACUUCUAUGAGUACACCUCUUUCUGGCUUUUGGCCAUUGCAAUGGGGUUGCAGAUACCAUGGAGCUUGGCAUUGGCAGUUGCAGAUUGCUACUUUAUCUUCUUCCCCAGAAAUCAAACUCAGCUACCUUGGUUCACUCUUGCUGUUAUUUCAAUGGAUUGGAUAUUUGCAUUCCUUUCUCUCGCUGCAUCCUCGGCAACUGCCAGCACAACGUAUUUCCUGUUUCCCGCCUGUGAGAUCACAGCAUGCCACCAUUAUCAGAUGGCGUCUGCAGCUGGCUUCUUAUGCUAUGUGCUCCUCUUUGGCUGCUCUCUUUCCAAUCUAUGGAUCCUUCCAUGGCUAUUAUGAUGAGAUGACAGAGUGACAGACUGUACCCUCAUUCAACCACCUUCGCUCUUGGCAGUGUGACUGUGAUUCUAAUGUUGAUUCAGUAAUGUCGUUUCUGCCAUAGACACUGAAGUGGAGCUUCUUCUGAAAAACAUAUACUUGCCUACCGAGGAACCCCUGAUUCAGGGGAAUGAGCAAUGGCUGCACGGCUUUGAAGGCUUGUUUUGCGUUGGAGAGGCCGCUGUAGGAUUUUCCUGUGAAGGAUGUGGCAAGUCAGAACGUAAAAGAAGCAGGGUUGGUGAUGAGGAAGGAUAUGGGCACAAUACUGCUGACUGAACUCAAAACAAUUGGUUCAGAAAAUGGUUGGAAUGCAGGCUGAGACAGACCUGGCUGCCCAGAAUUGUAGUGUUACAAGUUUUUGGCUGUCAUGACACAUAUGUAGUAAACGAAAUUAAUGAUAAAAAUUGAUAAUAGUCGUAAUUUUAAAGAAUAACAAUAAAGGUUGUUGAGGAGUGAGGGUAAUCUCCCAGAGAGGUUCAAAAACCC